UUUCUACUAGAAUCGUCGUCGUCGUUGUGGUGGUUGUAUUUUCAGGUUAAUAAAUGUUCACUUAUACCAGUCUUUGUGCUCUUACUUUCGUGUCGUGGAAAUAAUGAUAAUUUAUUAAUGAUGAAUAAUUUAACUGAAUUACAUCACAACAAACUGAUUACAUCAUUCACAAAUUGUAAUCCAAAUAAUACUAAUUCUAUUUAUAUCUUUAUACAAGAUUUAUCACAUUUGAAUCUAUUAUGUAAUCAACAAUUUCAUCAUUAUAAGAAUUCAUUAUAUAAAGUACCAUUGAAUUGUAUAUGGAAUAAUCCAAGAAGUAAAUUAUCAUCAUGGGCAUCAUCAUCAUCAUCAGCAGCAGCAUCAUCAUCAUUAUCAUCCAUUAGAUUACGAUCUAAAAUUAAAAAAUUCUUAUUAUUUAAUGAAAAUUUAAUGAAAUUUAUUAUCAAUUAUGCACAGUUUAAUCAUGUGAAUAUUGUCAAGUUUUAUGGUUUAAGUAUAAUAGAUAGAUCAAUGAAAUAUUCUUCAUAUUCAAUAAUUACAGAGUACUGUAUCAAUGGAUCAUUGGAUAUGUAUUUGAAAAAUCACAUCAUUCAAUGUAUGUCAAUUGUCAGUUAUGUAAUACUUUUAAUUUUAAAAACAAUUUCAAUGGAUAUAUGACAAGAGCUAAUUCUGAAAGAUUCUUAUCAUCUAUACUAAAUUACCGUAUGUACUGUACUAACAUACAUCCGUACAUAUAUGCAUACAUAUAUACAUAGUGAAAAAGUG